AUGGAAAAAAAUAUAGUGCGCAAAGGGCCACUGCCUGGAGGUCGCCAGGGCGCGUCUGGAGCUGGCGCUGGACGCGACAGCAUGCGGGCCGCCAGCCGAGCGCGGGGUGUUGCAAGACCACUUAGCAGCCCCCCGCAUCCAUCAUCCCCACCAGAAGGCUUGGUGUCGGCUGGGUCUUCUCGGACUCAGCAAGCGGCACCCGCCGCUGGUGGAGCACGUCGCAUGCGUUGGUCUAAAUCAAUGAAUGAAAACGCACUGCGGGCGUAUUUUAGGGCAAAAGGGGAAGAAACUGGAUGUUUGGCGUAUCGGGCUCGGAUGCAUCGCUUUUUAGCAGAGCUGGAGCCAUCUCUAUCCGUCACUGAGCAAAACCUGGCAGACCGAGUUAGGUACAUCCUGCGCUCCAACAUAUUUGGUGACGCCGAACUCGAGCGACUACGACGUGAGGCUAUUCCUUCAUCGAAUGGAAAUGCUACGCCUGGGAAUGCGGCGCCACUAGAUGCGCAACAAACUGCAUAUGUGGAUGCUGUCGUCAACAUUCCAUUUGUGGCUAAUUCAGACGAUGAUGGAAUAGUCACCCACGAACUAGAGAAAAUGAGGAGCAUAUUGGAAGAGUCGAUGCUGGAAACGCGCAGCAUGCCUCUCGAAAAUCGACCGCGACUUCCCCGCAUACCCCUUAGCAAGCGAAAUCGGGCUGUCGGGCGGGCUCUUAACCCAAUGCUGGUGACCUAUUUGGAAGCCAGCCGGGACCUUUGCGAGACGGAUUCAAUUCUUUUUGGCGCCGCACUGGCAGAAUGCCGUAUUAUUGGCGCCAAACUUCCCGUAGCUGGACGUGCUACUCAAAAAAGUAGCGCCAUCCUAGCCUGGAGAAAAAGAAUUGAGGACCGUAUCGAAAAGGCAAGGGCCCUUAUCGGCAGACUGACAAGCUUCAGGUCGGGUAAUAAUAGACCGAGGAUUAUGCGUACCGUUAGGAUGGCGUUUGCUGGGACAUAUAUCAGUUUGUUCCAACCGGAUAUCACGCAAAAACUAACGGAGCGCAUAGAUGACCUGAAGCAAAAAAUCGCUGUUUGGGGGAAGUGGAUUCGACGAUUUAGCGAGAGGUCAAGGCGGUUCAACCAGAAUCGUCUCUUCCAGAGUGAUCAGAAGAGGCUCUAUAAAUCAUUGAAGCGACCAGAGGUAUGUGGAGCGGGCCCAGGACUGGAUCAGGCCGACACUGUCGCAUUUUGGCGUGGCCUGUGGUCAGAGCCCGUAAACCACAGCGAGGGCCCUUGGAUGGAAGUUGUGGCGAGCCAGAGUGCAAGUGUUACGCCUAUGGACCCUGUCACCAUAAAGCCUAAAGACGUGGCUGAGGCGGUCCGUAGGGCCCCGAACUGGAAAAGUCCGGGGCUCGACGGGCUGCAUCAUUACUGGCUGAAGGGGUUCGUAGUGUGUCACGCCGUGCUCGCCCGACAGUUUCAAGAGGCUCUCGAUCAGAAGUCGCUCCCGAGCCUCUUCACUACUGGGAUCACUCAUUUGGUUCCUAAAGAUCAGGAUACCACAGACCCGAGCAAAUACCGCCCCAUCACGUGUCUACAGACACUGACAUCCAUUUUGAGCGCGAGAAUCACUCGUCACCUGGAGCUAAAUCAGUCAGCCCCUUGCGAGAGGUGUGAGCGCCGUGCCUCGGCAGAAUUCAGGGUGCAAAGGCCCGUUUGUGCUUAUGGCCGUCCACGAUACGGUGCCGGGCCUGGGCGUCUCCCGUUAAUGGACGCCCAUAUUAUGGAUGAUGGAGAAAAAAAAGUGCGCAAAGGCCCGCUGCCUGGAGGUCGCCAGGGCGCGUCUGGAGCUGGCGCUGGACGCGACAGCAUGCGGGCCGCCAGCCGAGCGCGGGGUGUUGCAAGACCACCUAGCAGCCCCCCGCAUCCAUCAUCCCCACCAGAAGGCUUGGUGUCGGCUGGGUCUUCUCGGACUCAGCAAGCGGCACCCGCCGCUGGUGGAGCACGUCGCAUGCGUUGGUCUAAAUCAAUGAAUGAAAACGCACUGCGGGCGUAUUUUAGGGCAAAAGGGGAAGAAACUGGAUGUUUGGCGUAUCGGGCUCGGAUGCAUCGCUUUUUUGCAGAGCUGGAGUCUAUCUGUCACUAUCAGUCACUGAGCAAAACCUGGCAGACCGAGUUAGGUACAUCCUGCGCUCCAACAUAUUUGGUGACGCCGAACUCGAGCGACUAUGACGUGAGGCUAUUCCUUCAUCGAAUGGAAAUGCUACGGCUGGGAAUGCGGCGCCACUACAUGCGCAACAAACUGCAUAUGUGGAUGCUGCCGUCAACAUUCCAUUUGUGGCUAAUUCAGACGAUGAUGGAAUAG